AUGGUUUCUAGGGAGCACAAGAGAGUUUUGCAUGAGAAGCUGCAGAUCCUUCGUUCCGUCACCAACUCUCAAGCAGUAAUUCCCUACAAAGUUUGAAACUCCUGAUUUUCUUCGGCUUCGUCUCCAUCUCAUUGCUCCUAUCUAUCAAAAUCGCGUUCAUGCUUCGUUGUUUAUCAUCUGCCUCUUCUUUAGCUCUCUUUCUCUCACUCUGGUAUUCCUCGUAUCUGUUCUUCGUGUACUUGUAUUAUUUACAAAAAGCACAGUUUGGAAUCUUCACAUCCUGUAUUGUUAUUCUGUAAUAACUUUCCUUCAUAUUAAUCCUCAACGUUAAUCUUCUCUCUCUCCCUCUCUCGCUCUCUCCCACUCACACCCUCCCUCUCCCCAUGUUCAAAUACGAAAACCUUCUUCAACCGAUUAUGCAUGCCCAAGGCUUCCAUCCCGAUCCAUCAGAAUUCGAUAUACUGUCAUGAAGGCAUCACACAGCAUACUUACAUCCAUUUAUUUUGAUUAGUUUUUUGUCCUGUGACAGCUGAGUAAGACAUCGAUUAUAGUGGAUGCGUCAAAAUAUAUUGAAGAUUUGAAGAAAAAAGUGGAAAAGCUGAACCGAGAUAUCGCAUGCCAAAGGAGCAUCGUACAUGACAUCUCAUCACCUCUGGUACGCCUCUAGCACUGGCUUCAUCUUCUAGACUUUCUCCAGUUAUUCUUAUCGUAUAGUGCAGUUUUCCUCAUGUUUUCAUCUUGUUUCAACGCAUGAUCAGGUGACUGUUGAAGCCUUAGAGAAGAGCUUCCUAGUAAGCGUAUUUUCGAAGGAGAGUUGUCCCGGCAUGACGGUAGCUGUACUGGAGGCGUUCGAGGAACUUGGCCUCAACGUACUUGAAGCUAGGGUUUCCUGUGCGGACACCUUCAGACUAGAAGCGGUUGGAGGAGAGGUAAUAGCUCGCUAAGAUCAAUCCAUCUCAUUUGAUACGCGCUCAUGAGCAUACAAUUGAAUCCCUCAUCGUUUACCGAGAGAGAGAGAGAGAGAGAGAGAGAGAGAAAGAGGGCCAAGUGAUCGUGCGGUCUACUUGCGAGUGGGGAUUUUUUUCCUGUGAACGAAAGGAUGAGGGAUCGAAGGAAGUACGCUCUUGGGGAUCCGUGAUUGUCUGAAGAGUCCAACAUCAUGUGAUAUCUCAGAGUGAAGACAAAUAGGGUCUCUAUUGCUUGCAUUUUAGCAGCUUUCUUCCACGCGCAUCGCCUGCUAUUAGUACGUCUUCUCAUUCCAAUCUCCAACCAUACAGAAUAUGCGACACGUUGAUUAUUUUCCUCUUCGACGCCACAGAUUGAAGGAGAAGUUGAGAUCGUCGAUGCAAAUGUGGUGAAGCAGGCUGUGGUGCGGGCUAUUAAGAAUUGCAGAGAGAGUGACGAGGACUUCUAA